AUGAGCAGUUUUCAUAGGCGCAGCAAUGACGGACAGGAAGGCUACUUCAUCAACCCGCACUUAUCCCUGCCUAUCCCAGGUGGUCAUGGCGAGGGUCAUGAUUUCGAAGCAGGCUCCUACCAUUUCCCCCAACAUCAUUUCACUUCAUAUGCGCAGCAUUUCAGCUUGCCCUAUAACCAUUCAAACAUGUCGCCCCAUCAUUCUCAUGGCGCAUCGAUGGCGCCGGUUCCUGACCACACAACCCUGCAUCUCCCGCCUGCACAAUGCAUGCCGCAGCACCGUUAUCUCCAGGGGCCAGCCUACCUUCCUCUUCAUGAAGCAUUGACAGAGACCGAGCUUGAGAGCCAGGACUCUAGGAACGAAGAUACCAUGCUUUCAGAGCCGAUAAUUCCUCCGCUAGAAGGCUUUCCGGAUGUCAAAGAGUUCGAUAGGUUGGUCAAGAGGUAUAAAUUCUCCCUUCUCUGCCCUACCCCUAUCCUCUCCAUAGCAGGUUUUGAGCUCACACUGAGUUUUUCAUAG